CAAACCGGAAAUUGAAAAUGACAUUAACCAAGAUGGCGCUGUGUGAAAGAAAAAAGUGAUAGGAAAACAGAACAACAAGCGACACAACUAUUCAGAAGUGUGUUCUUGCUCUUCGUAAUCAACUUUUUAAGCGUCGGCUCAAGCAACUGGAAAGUACCUCCCUGCGGCCGGACUUCUUCUAUUGACGGCGGAGUAGUAUUGCAAAAUAGCGGCUACAGUAGCAUCGCGACCGUAGUGCGGAAGGCGAGCGAAGAAACUAGGAGUUCAAAGUACAACUGAGGCAGAGUUUAAACCAGCUUUCCAUAUCUACCAAGUUAAGAGGUCGUUUCUAAGUUGACGCCAUGGCUCAUUCCCCUGUUCAAGCUUCAAUACCAGGGAUGCAGAAUUUAAAAGCAGACCCAGAGGAACUGUUCACAAAGAUGGAGAGGAUAGGUAAGGGGUCCUUUGGAGAGGUCUUUAAAGGCAUUGACAAUCGGACUCAGAAAGUUGUGGCGAUCAAAAUUAUUGAUCUGGAAGAAGCAGAAGAUGAAAUUGAAGACAUUCAACAGGAAAUAACAGUUCUCAGUCAGUGCGACAGCCCUUUUAUCACCAAGUAUUAUGGAUCCUAUUUAAAGGGUACAAAGUUAUGGAUUAUUAUGGAGUACCUGGGUGGAGGAUCAGCACUUGACUUGUUGGAACCGGGGCCUCUUGAUGAAGCGCAGAUCGCCACAAUUCUGAGGGAAAUCCUGAAGGGUCUCGAAUACUUGCACUCUGAAAAGAAGAUUCACAGAGAUAUUAAAGCUGCCAAUGUGCUAUUAUCAGAACAAGGAGAUGUGAAGUUGGCAGAUUUUGGUGUGGCAGGACAGCUCACUGACACUCAGAUAAAGAGGAAUACCUUUGUGGGCACUCCCUUCUGGAUGGCACCUGAAGUCAUUAAACAAUCAGCCUAUGAUUCAAAGGCAGACAUUUGGUCAUUAGGAAUCACUGCAAUAGAGCUGGCUAAAGGAGAGCCCCCUCACUCUGAACUGCAUCCUAUGAAAGUCCUGUUUCUAAUCCCAAAGAACAAUCCGCCCACACUGGAGGGAAACUACACCAGGCCUCUCAAAGAAUUCAUUGACGCGUGUCUAAACAAGGAGCCCAGCUUUAGGCCUACAGCCAAAGAACUGCUAAAGCACAAGUUUAUUGUGAGGCACGCCAAAAAGACAUCCUACCUGACAGAGUUGAUUGACAGAUACAAGAGGUGGAAGGCGGAGCAGUCUCGAGAUGAGUCCAGUUCUGACGAGGAGGCAGAUGAUCAGGCCUCUGGAAAUGAAGAGCAGGACGACUGGCUGUGGGGCACCAUCAGCCUUCCUCAUCCUCCCAAUGGAGCAGCUCCGUCAUCCCCUGUUGAGACUGAAGAAACCCCGGUGGUCCAGGUCCAGGAGAAUCCACCACCAGUGCCUCUGUCCCAGAGUUUGGCAGACAUUUUUACUCCGCUGUUUUCAGAGUUGAAAGAAAAAGGUGAGACGAGUAAUGGUAAACCAGAAGCUGCUGAGAAGCUGCGGGAGGCCCUGUUUGUGGCAGAGGAGACUCACCCCGGCAUCUGUGACUCUCUGAUCGUGGAGCUGGUGCAAAGGCUGCAGAGGUUUUCGGUGCUUCAGACUUCACCCACACACUAGAUCUGUUAUGUUCUACUUGGUCUCAUCAGACCGACCUCUACAGCUGUGAAGAAGUUUGCAGGAAAGUGUGAACCACUCAUUUGCCCCUAGAAAUGCCAGCCCUCGUACAGCCUUCAUACAGCCUCCGAAGUGUAAGCACAGCACCAGGAUCCUGCUCAGGAUGCUCGAGGCAGCACAGAUAGUUCACUUUAUUGCUGCUACACGCUGUCUCCUAGUACCUCCUUCAUAACUUUGUUUUCUGUGUGAAGACUCUUUUCUGUUCAAAAGGUGUUGCUGCACUUAAAAAGCAAAACAAAAGGUUAAACCAAUCACUUCUGCACGCAAAUUUCCUGUUUUUAAUUAAAUAUUGUUUAGAACAACAUCACAUACAGUAUUGUUCCCGUACAUUUCCCCAAUUAUUUUGUUUUACAUGAGCGGUGCUGAGCUGUAGCGCUCAUGUCAUAGUCUUAAAAAGUCUUAAAAUAGUCUGGUUUGUUCAUCGUUCUGAUGCAAAUUUCACAUUUUGUAUUGCUUUUAUUUUGUGAUUAUCGAAGUGUGAAAGAUCUUUGGUUAAAUGUGUGGCCCUUAGUGGAGAGAAACUCAGGUAUUCUGCUUGAAAGAGCUCUGUGGGGUGGAAUCUGUAAAUAAGCUAAUCCACGUAUUCCAUAGACAUUGUUUAUAACAAAACCACUGUGUACAAAAUGGCCAAAUUAAUAAUUGUAGAUAAAGGAUGCAUUCUAAAUAUUUUGAUAAAAUAUUGGCUGUAUAUGAUAAUGCCUUAUCUUUGAACUUUGUGUAUAUCAGACUUUGAUUUCUCUAGUACGCAAUAGGCAGGUAGCCUGUAAUGCUCAAAUAGUAAUGGCUGCUCUGUAUCAGUUUUGAUUAUGUUCAUUUUUCAUGUGUUUCUGAAUAUGCAAACAUAUUAGAUUUCUUAUCAUUUCAUACUUUAUGCUGUGACUAUGGUCAAUAAUGUGGAGAAUGUAAAAAUAACGUGGCUGGAUCAAUCAAACUCCCAGUUUGAACACUGGAUUCUUAAACGCCAGUCCAGAUGCCCUGGGCUCAUUUGGGCUUUUGCCUCAUCCUGUGUAUUUGAGUGUGCAUGUGUGCGUGCUUUGUUGAAGAAACUGUGGUAGCGUCCCUUCAUCCAUAGGUGGGCAGUGCCAUCUUCAGGUCUUCCUAGAAGCUGCAUUGGUAUGCGGUAGACCCAGUGUACUAACAGCUUUACUUGCACUUCACAUAUAAAUGCCUUCUACUUUAACAAAAGUAGCCAUACAGCAGUAGCAUGAGACUAUUCCCAGGUAUGUGCAUGCUGUUUGUGGCUCAAAGACUCCCCUGGAUUCCCUAUCUCUGAGGCUGUCAUGUGGUGUACUAUUUGACUGAUUGUAUUUCUCUAUUUGAACUUUGUGAAAUGAAAUGCACAGCAGACAUUUUCAGACAUAUUCAGCAAAUGAUUAGACCUGCAGUUACAUACAAUGUAAGCAGUGUUCUGAGAUGCAGAUGACUAGCAGCACUGCUGUGUUUUGAUAGUUCUAACUCCCAUGACCUGUGCAGUAUGUGUUUUAGCAUACUCCAGGACCAGAGGACCGAGUCCUGAGCUAAAUCAGCCUUAGUGUUUGUGAAUAGCUUUAGCUUUUCAAUGGUGGAUCAAGUGUUUUUUAAUUACUGAAAUGCUCUGCAGCAACUCUUCAGCACACAUGACAAAUGUAUGUUGUAUUUCUGUCAUUCCUGGACUGUGCACAAAUGCACAAAGUGAUAUUCCACAGAAGCACAUGGCUCUUGGACUAUUUAUCUUUGGUUCAGAAUAUAAAUUAAAUUAACAUAUGGGGAAUUAUUGCCUCAGAUUUUCUAUAUUGUGAAUGUAAUGCAACUGAAACAAUGUGUUAAAUUAAGGUACGAGACAAUUAUUGUUAAAUGCUUCAUUAUGUUUCAGUUCAUACUGAUUUUUCUGUGUAAAACCUUUCAUUCAGUUUCUUAUAGACAUAUGUGAUAUGUGCCAUGCACCACCGUUCAAACGUGCAAAGUUCAUACAUCAUGCACCUUUUGAAUAGUUUGUUUUGCACUUUUUUAAAAAUAGGUUCUUAACAAAACUAUGUGAUGUUGCAAUUACAACAGUUGUUUCUCUGCUUUUGUGUUUAAGACAAACUAGAUUGAAUCAAUUAGAGCACGAUAUUCAAAAGUCUAUUUUUGUAACCCUCCACAGCAGUGUUAUGCAAUAGAAAGGCUUGAUUUAUGUAACUGUAAAUUCUUGACUGUGCGGACUUAAAAGUUGACCUUGUGUGACAUUGCUUACACUUUAGUCCUAUAAUAUAAUGUUUGCUAAUUUUGGACAGUGUUGUUGGACUGAAAGUUGUUAACUGACUGAGCAAAAAUAAAAUGCAUUUUUAUUAAA